CCUAAUCUGAUCUCCAUUUACCCCUCCAUGUCACGCCUCUGUUUCAAACCGUUGAGCUUCUCCAGCCAGUUUAGGCACCACCUCUAAGCCUUUGCUGUUUCCAUGACCUUCCCCCAGAACGAAUAACCUCCUUCGCCCCCCUCCCCCUAAAAGACCCACAGAUUCCCCGGCCUCUAAGCGCCCCAUUUCGCCCCACUCUGUCCUCGGACGCGCUCACUGCGCCCGCGCCACUGUCGCCGCCCCGCGCGCGCCUCUGCCGUUUGCCGCCCGCGGCGCUUUCCCCUCCUCAGGUUCCUCCCCGAGCCGCCCCCAGUGCCCACGAUUCCGCGGCUCCGCCGACCAGGGGCCGCGCAGACGGGGAACUCGCCAGGCGCGUAGUCCCUUGCGAGGCCUGGGGGCCGGCGAGGCAGCAGAGGCGGGAUGGGCCUGAGCCCGGGCGCCCGGGGGAAGUACGCGCCCCGCCUCCCUAGGAUUCCCUCACCCGGCCCCAAACCCGCCUCGCGAACCGCCGGUACCGGGCGCAAGGACCAGCAGCCUGCGCCCAGACGUUCAACUGUGCCCCACUCAGGUCUAAAUAGCAUUUCUCCCCUUGAAUUAGAAGAAUCCGUGGGAUCCGCAGCGUUGGUCCAGCUCCCAGCCAAGCAGCCUAGGCCGGGCACAUUAGAACAGGGCAGAAGCAUCCAGCAAGGGGAGAAGCCUGUAGUUAGCUUGGAGACCACACUCAGCCAGAAAGCAGACUGGAGUUCAAUUCCCAAGCCUGAGAAUAAAGGCAAGUUAAUAAAGCAAGCAGCUGAGGGAAAACCAAGACCCAGACCUGGAGACCUGAUUGAGAUUUUUCGAAUUGGCUAUGAGCACUGGGCCAUCUAUGUAGAAGAUGAUUGCGUGGUCCAUCUGGCUCCCCCGAGUGAGGAGUUUGAGGUGGGCAGCAUUAGUUCCAUCUUUAGCAAUCGGGCUGUGGUGAAAUACAGUCGUCUGGAGGAUGUGCUGCAUGGCUGCUCCUGGAAGGUCAAUAACAAGCUAGAUGGGACGUACCUGCCCCUACCAGUGGACAAGAUCAUCCAGCGUACAAAAAAGAUGGUCAACAAGAUCGUGCAGUACAGUCUGAUUGAAGGGAACUGUGAGCACUUUGUCAAUGGCCUCAGAUACGGCGUACCCCGGAGCCAGCAGGUAGAGCACGCCCUGAUGGAAGGAGCGAAGGCUGCUGGAGCAGUUAUUUCAGCUGUAGUGGAUAGCAUAAAGCCCAAACCAAUAACUGCCUGAAGGUGAUGAGAACUCCAACUAGAGGAAGAGUUACUGACACAAGCAAAAAGAACAUGCUUCCUUCCCUUGCCUUCUCUCAAUGCCUCUGAUUAAGAAAACUGUGAACUUCUGGAAGACUCUACAAUGUAUCCAAUUACCCUUCCAGAAAUACAUCCAAUAUAUACAAGCAUAGACCCACAGACUCUCAGGAUGGGAAGGAUCUGGUAUCUAGUGUGUAUCUCUUAUGCACCAGGCACUGUGCUAGGCAUUUCAUAUACUGAUCUAAUUUCACUCUCUUUGUAGGAAGAGACCUUGCUUGUUUCUUAGGCUGAUCUUGGUCUCUGAUGCUUGAAUACCAUCAGAAACAUCCCAGAAGCCUCUGCUUGAAUAUUUCCAGUAACGAAGAUGUCUUUUUCCAGAUGUUCUUUUUAUUGAACUAAAAUGCCUCUAGCUUCUUUCUAUUUAUGAUAAUCCCGCCCUUUUCGAGCCAUAGUGUAGCCUCAGGGGAGGAGGACCUUAAGAAAAACUGUGAUUCGCUAUUCAGGGCUAUUCAGUACCUUAAUCUAGAAACACAUAUCCCAAGAAAUAUUUUCUUUUUAGAAUUAUACAUCAACUUUACUCCUUAUUGUUUAAAAAUCAUCUAUCAAAAGUAUUGAUAAGACAAUUUAUCUUGCUUUUCUACCUCAUCAUUACCCUAAAAUGUGAAGUUUCUAGUCUCUCUGAUUUCAGAUAAAUAUUUAAAAUAAUUUGAUAAGUUUAAUCAAUUGAACUCUACUGUGCGAGUGAGAGAGAGAAAGGAGUUAUUUUUGUGUUUUGAAGAAUGUUGACAGGAUGGAAGGUCUGAAAUUAUGGCUGGGGAUUGUAGUGACAGCUGGGAGCUGAAACCACCCAAAAAAAAGCUAGAGAAGGGUUCUCUUAUGCCUCCAGAAAUACCUAAAAAAUACAAAGAAUGUAGAAAAGAGCAAGAUGGAUCCCUCAAAGUGUUUCAGAUAAGGUCCGUUGGGAUCUCCCAUAAGCUUUUCUCCUAUUUGGAGAAAAUAGACUCUCAUUGAAACUCUUCCAAUUGUUUUACCCUCCAUUCUUUUCUUGGCAAUCUACACUCGAUGACCUCCUGUUCCCCAACACCGCAGUCUGGGCAUCUGACUUUGUCUUCUCUCUGCACUCAUUUCUGUGAAUCAUGACCAGGAUGAAGCUGAUAUCCCUAGUUCCUCUUCCCCAUUUCCUCUCACACUCCCCUGCCUGGUAAUCAGUUGAGUUCCCAAUACCUCUUCCUUCGGUCUCUAUUCAUUAUAUGGUCUAGGUUGAGACUUCCUUUGAAGCAGAACCUGAGUACCAGGAACUCAUAUUUUAUAAAGUGUAUUUAUUCCUUGUAGCUGCGAAUUAACCCAGCCAUGUUUUAGUGAAUGCUUUAAUUGGAAGAUGACUUUGAACUCAUCGAUCAUAUUAAUCUUUCAUCAAACAAACUGGAUGUUGUUUGAUGAACAAAAACUCCUCCACACCAAAGAGUAUUUAGUAACUUCUGCACAAAGGACUCAUCCAUCUCUUGCUUAUGUUUGGGACAGAAAGACACUUCUCUGGCUUUUUACUGGUUUGAACCCAAUGGGACAGAGACUCCUGGAAAGUUUCAGGGCUCAUAUUCACUUGUUUGUCCAAAAAAUAUUUUUGAGAGUCUCCCAAGUGCCAAACCCUGGCUACUCUCAACUUUGACUGAGCCCAUGAGCAGUAGUCUGGGGGCUGGGUGUGAGGAAUUCUGAGUCAGCUGGGAAGACACAAGGCACAAUGGACAUGGGGCAAAGGCCACUUGUUGGACAUUGGUCCCUCCCACUUCCAAGCUGUCCAUCAGGCUGAGAGAUCUGGAAUGCUUACCCCACACUUUGAAGACGAGGAGGGGAGAGUUUCUUAAAGUGUGUGUGUUUCUCUUUUAAUCUGUAGUGGCUUCUGCAUUUUAAGGUAGAAACUGAAAUCUCUUCUUUGAGUGGGACCACUCGGGUGAGGCUUCUUAGUCUUGUUGAUAUAAUAAAGCACAUGCCCACUCCUGAUGGAGUGGAGAGGAGGAAAUUCUAAGGCAAAGUAAUCUGAAUGCAAAUGUUUCUGAGAUUAGUUAAACGCGAGUCACUCGUU